AGUCCUUCACAGCCCUCCCCAGCGCAACGCGGGCGCCAGCCAGAGCGCAGCGGCCGCGGGCACUCCAGGGAGGCCCGGGGGCGGGCAGCCCAGCGGCCGCCUAGCUGCCCCCAGCCAGGGCUCCGGGAGGGAGGGGCUCGGACAGGCGACGCCGGCCACAGAAACUUACCAAGAACUAACACGCGCAGCCCGGCAGUCCCGCUGCCCACUGCGGCGGCAAGCAUGGACGCGGUGCUGCUGGAGCACUUCCCCGGGGGCCUGGACGCCUUUCCUUCUCCGUACUUCGACGAGGAAGACUUCUUCACCGACCAGUCUUCCCGGGACCCACUGGAGGACGGCGAUGAGCUGCUGGCGGAUGAGCAGGCCGAGAUGGAGUUCCUUAGCCACCAGCUCCACGAGUACUGCUACCGCGACGGGGCGUGCCUGCUGCUGCAGCCCGCGCCCUCGGCCGCCCCGCUAGCGCUCGCCCCGCCGCCCUCGGGGGGCCCCGGUGAGCCAGAGGACGGCGGCGGCGGCGGCGGCUACUGCUGCGAGGCAGGGGCGCCCCCAGGCGGCUUCCCUUACUCGCCCGGCUCGCCGCCCUCGUGCCUGGCCUACCCGUGCGCCGGGGCAGCAGUACUGUCUCCCGAGGUGCGGCUGCGCGGCCUGAGCGGAGCGGCGGCCGCGGCUGCCCGGCGGCGGAGGCGGGUGCGCUCCGAGGCGGAGCUGCAGCAACUGCGGCAGGCGGCCAACGUGCGCGAGCGGCGGCGCAUGCAGUCCAUCAACGACGCCUUCGAGGGGCUGCGCUCGCACAUCCCCACGCUGCCCUACGAGAAGCGCCUCUCCAAGGUGGACACGCUGCGCCUGGCCAUAGGCUACAUCAACUUCCUCAGCGAGCUCGUGCAGGCCGACCUGCCCUUGCGCGGCGGUGGCGCGGGAGGCUGCGGGGGGCCGGGCGGCAGCGGGCGCCUGGGUGGGGACAGCCCGGGCAGCCAGGCCCAGAAGGUCAUCAUCUGCCAUCGGGGCACCCGGUCCCCGUCCCCCAGCGACCCUGAUUAUGGCCUCCCUCCCCUAGCAGGACACUCUCUCUCAUGGACUGAUGAAAAACAACUCAAGGAACAAAAUAUUAUCCGAACAGCCAAAGUCUGGACCCCAGAGGACCCCAGAAAACUCAACAGCAAAUCUUCCUUCAACAACAUAGAAAACGAACCACCAUUUGAGUUUGUGUCCUGAGAAGUCCCAGACUCGGCUGAGGAUCUGAUUAUGUCUCUGUGCAUAUUGUACAUGUAAAUAUCUAUAAUGUAAAUGUAAUUUAAGAAUCAAAUUUUUCUAAUGGCAAUCAACUGUUUAUUAUUUAUCUAUUUAUUAUCCUAUUGAGUUGAUGAAAUAGGUGAUUUCUUUUUAAAUAUAUAAUUUAUAUAAUUUAUCCUGAUUUUCUGAAAAUAUGCAAUAGCCUAUGAUUUUCCUGAACUCUGUGUUGUUGGGAGAACUCUGGCCAGAAAACGUCAUGCUUAUUUAUUGCCAGAUAUGGUUUAUUUCUAAGCGUUGUCAAUAAAUGCUCUUUACACCUUUUC